CUACCUUGCCUAUUGCCCUUUGUCACAUACCGAGUAUAAUUGUACGCAGCUCCCAGCGAAGUGACUUUACCGGGGACUCGCCUCUUUUCUCCCAUAGUUGUUCUGCGUUCAUCUGCUCAACCCGUCUUUCCAGUCUUUUCGGCGUCGAUGGAGCGGCACAGGGGAGAGAUUUACGGCGACCAUAUGGAUCCACAGCACAAGUUUAGACCUUUCAUGGGCGGGCCACAAUCGACGCGCCCUUCCUCCGUCAAUCCAAUUGACCCCUACCAGUUCCGAAACCCUAAUAGUUACAGCGGUUUGGACCGCGGAGACCUCGCAUUUGACAUCCCCCGUUUUCAUCCAGGUCCGGGUGGGCCCGGCGCUGGAGGGUUUCUUCCGAUGGGCGGCGGCUACUUAGGGGAGAACGGCGGUGGAGGGCAUAACUCUGGUCAACAGAUGCCGCCUGUCUCUGGGCAAAAACGAGCUCACCCAUUAUCUGGCAGAGGAGGUUCUCCAGAUCACAUUGAUGGAGGUAGCUUUGCCAAACUUUUUGUUGGCUCUGUCCCAAGAACAGUGACAGAAGAUGAUAUCCGACCUGUAUUUGAAGCACAUGGAUGUGUUCUUGAGGUAGCUGUGAUUAAAGAUAAGAGAACAGGACAGCCACAAGGUAUGUACAACACAAUUUUUUUUAAUAAUUUCGUGGAGAUCUACGUAAGUAUAUGUUUUCAGGUCCUUCAAGGGGCUGAAGGGAGCAACUUUAAGCUUGUGUUUCAUGUUGGUUAAUUUUCCAAUUGGUUGGUCAUCAACUCUGUCAAGAAGGCGAGAAGCAUAUACAUAAAAUAUACCUUUUAGACAGUAGAAACCUUAAAUUAGUGAUUGGUUGAUUGUUGUUACUUCAUAUUGCAUCAUUUGCAUGGGAUGUAGUGUUGGACCAAAAGAUCUGGUUGGAAGGGAGUUGGCAGGGGGUUCAAUGUAUUAGAUAUUUUUCUAUAAUUGUUUUUCUGUAUGCGUCAAUUAGAACUACUGUUGU